CACGAGCGCUCAUCUGUUUCAGAGCGCCCAACGACGGAGGCCACGGACGCGCAGGUCAACGUUAACGGUGUACAUGGCCACGGCUUCCUUUGCAUCCUCGCCUUUCCGUCGACCUAUGGCUGACAUUGCUCUCGUCUCGUCUGACAAUGCAAAGUUCCACGUCCACCAAGUGAUUCUCAACAAGGCACCUCCCCAUGUUAUCCAUGCCUCAGACAGCAGCUCGAACGACGGUGAUCACGGCCUGCCUACUGUCCUAGCCCCAGCUUGCGCUACUCGCCUCCCCACAUUCUCGACAUUCGACUCCGAGUCGUCUAUCCUAUGUGCGAUCCCGUUAUCGCAACGUGAGAGGAUGCGGUCGCGUCGCUGGAAGCCUCCACGAAGGACGACCUCGAAGUGGAGAAGGUGUUCCAUGCUGUGGUGUUCGUGAAGCCUCCCUUCGUCCAGCAAGAUGAUCUAGGCGUGUAUUCUCUUGCAGUGUCCCCGUUCUGGGAAUACAAGCCGGGAACAUGUAUCCGCAGGCUCGUAGUAUGAUCACAGCGGCGCUCACACCGAUCGGCUAGCUAUUUUUGUUGCGCAAUCCUCGCAUGUGCUUGAUUUCUCCUCGCCGGAACUACUGUCUCU